AGAUUGAAAUACAAAUGGAUGCCGGCUUGCUGGCUGUCUUGUCGGACAGUUGUACUUUGCACGUUUAGAGGAAACGCAAUUCCGUAAGCGCCACAUUUUAAAAUCCUUGCUAUGGUUGAAAAUUGGUCUGUUCUGCAGCGGAGUUGUGCGGCGCUCCACGAGGCGUUGGCUUCGCAGACCGACAGCGAGCAGCAAGCGUUGGCGUCUUGGAUCGCGCAAAAUCACGACAGGUAUGUCUUUUCCGUGGGCGACGGCGAAAGUGCGAAGAACCCACCUGCACAAAAAGAAGAAGGGCAGAAUGUUGCUCUCCUCCUAAUGCACACUCUUGUUUCGCGCAUCUGGUCGCUCUACUUUCCGCUCACCGAUGUUAUGCGUUGUCUGCAAUGUCUCCGGAUCCUGACCCGAGACACACGACUAGCGACAAGUCUGUUGAAACGUUUCCUGGCCUCGACGAGCUCCUUUCCCCAGCGGCCCAGCACGAACUACGGCCUCACUCGUGCCGGCGUUCCGGCCGACAAUGCACAGCUGCAAGACGGUCCUGGUGGUGGCAGAAAUAGGCAUAUCAACGCGGCAGAUAAUGACCAUCAGCUUCCGCAGACACGCACAGCGUGCUGGUGGGACCACGACACUGAAGGUUCUUGGAUCAGCGAGCCCCUGCACAUGUCCGCACCGGAGAUUUUUGCGAGAAUCGUCAGCGAUUACGGUCGGGCGUCAGACCAGUUACAAAUUCACGAAUGCGCAACCUGUGAGUUUCUUGGCGUUUUUCUGCACCUGGUCCCCGUCGUCUCCGCCUGCUCCGACACUGAGAGGUCGGUUUACUUUCCGGUUUUUCAGGAGGAUCUGCUGCCGGCCUUGGCCCGUUUGCUGAAGAUCCCGCACACAACGUGGACGGUGAGUCAAUGCACGUUUGAGCUGCUGUCUCAAAUUCUCACCGGCGCGACCCCUCACACAAGGAACAACCUCCGACAAGAGCCAGCACAACAACAGCUGGAAAGCUCAGCACACCGCCCACGACGAGCCUGCGACGAAGAAGAUCUUUCUACGGCGGAGUCGACCAUUAUCUCCUCGGUGGGACCACAAGGAGGCACAGGAAGUGCAUUUUCUCCUGGAAGUAGCACCUCUUCAUCAUCGUCUUCCAGCAACUUUUUACAGAGAAACCAGCUUCGGUUUUUUGAAAAAUUUCACUCCGAGCGGCCGUAUCGGUCCCUAGUUGAGUACAUGUGCUGUCCAUCCGCCUCACAUAGUCAAUUUAGCGCAGACUUGCUUUUCCGGUUGGUGCAAGUCCUGCAAAUCGUGCCCAACCCGCUACUCGAUCCUGGGCUGCGCGUGCGCACCGCAGUAAGUGUAAACGACCGCUUUCUUGGCGCCACGGCAACCACAAUGCUGUCGACCGCCCAAACGCCAGCGGCGUACCGCAUGGCAGCCACCGGACGCUCCUCGCGCUUCUCGGUCAAUGGGAUCAUGGACCACCCGUUGUCGCCGGCGAAGACCCCCGCCGCGACGGCGCAGUUUACCGCGGUCCCGGCACUGUCUGCGAUUCUCUUGUUGCUGGAAAAACCGCAAACGGAACGGCAAGUGCGCGGCCGGGCGUUGGAACUGCUGGAGGUUCUGGCCCGCGACUGGCACCGCGAUCCGCGCUGCACCUUGCAGUUUCUCAACGCCGACGCGGGAUACGUUCUCUGGUCCGUCUUGGCGUGUCGCAAGCCUCAAAAGUGCGGCAGCGCGGAGAUCGUCUGCACGCUGCGGGCGCUGACGCAACUCUCCGUCGAUGACACGUUUGCUGAUCGGCUGCUGCGACGCUGCAUUUUUCCGGAGUUCACCUCGUCAGACCAAGAUAUGCGCUCUAGUACGGCCGGCGGCUUCUUUCAAAUGGAACCCACGGCGACGUCCUCGACCACACCGCUUGCAGCGUACACGAACACCGUACUAGCGGAGGCUUCGGAAAUAUCCAGCAGCUGCUUUCUCAAUAACAAUACCAAAGACAACUACGGCGCGGCGUCAAGUGGCGGAAAGAACUUCGAGCAGGACGAUGCGAGUGACCUUCCCGGCGAUGACAUGGUGGACUUGCGACCGAUUUUGAACCUGCUCCUCUCUUACCACAAAAACCGGCGUGCAAGUGCAGCUCAACGCCAGGGUCUGGAGCAGGGCAUUAGAAGCGCAGGUAGCGGCUCAUCAUCAUCUUCUGCACUGCAGCAAGUGGUCGAGCCGCUCGCAGCGCUGCGGUUACUUCGGUUUCUGUACUGCUCUGAACGAAAUCGCCCCCUGAUCAACAUGAUGCUGGGUCUGGAUGUCACACUCGCCCCUACCGAUUCCUUCCGCAGUAUCCGCGAUUACGAAUGGCAGCUGGGCAAAUACGAGAAGGCAGCGGCUGAAUUUUUGACCGAUUCCUUUCACGCUCGUUGGGACGCGCCAAGGGCCGUGACAAGGUUGCAGACUCAUCUUGAGGACGCGGACGAUAUUCUUGGGGAAAGUAGAACUACAGCGCGUCAAGCAGUGUCUGGUGGUAAUGAGGAGUAUGACGCCAACCCGGCUGCACAGCCCCCGCCGACAUUAGGGAGUAUGAUCAGGCUACCAGAUCCAGAGCAGGUAGGCACAGAAGUGCCAGCAUAUCAUGGUACUAAUGUGCCGAAGGUUUUCGACCGCAGCAAGCUGCUGGAAAUCACGACGACACUGAAUACAAGUGAAGACGGAACGCCGGCGCCCGACCGGCGGCCGUCCCUGCAGACCAACAUUCGAAAGAUGCGCGUUGGCGGGUUCCAGAUUUUGGAAACGCUAGGCCACGGGGCGUUCGGGGCCGUGCACUGGGCGCAGGACGACCUGGGCGACUACUUUGCGCUGAAAACACUGGAAAUUGACCGGAACGAAAAUAACAACGAAACUGGUGGCGGGUCACAUCAAUUCUUGGACUCGAGCCUGCUGGAAAACCGGUACCAGAGUUCCAGAAAUUCGGCAGAGCAAGGAAAAGAACCAGGAGAACAUUUUCAAGACAACUCGACGGCCUUCGACGAAGAAAAGGGAGAACAAGAGCCACUAUUCCCCUCGGUCUCCCCGCGCACGCCGGCCGCGGGGACGCUGAAACAAGCGGGACACAAGGACGGUUUUUUCGGCGGUCUGGCCACGGGUCAAUUCAACUUGUCUUUGGUUCCUGUUGCGGACUACAACUCAUCGAUGACCAGCCAGAACCAUCACGGGAACAAACACAGUGACCAGAAGGUCGUGUGCGAGACGAUUCUCCGCGAAGUGAAAAUUCUGCAGCGGUGCGAGCACCCCAACAUUAUCCGCUUUUUCGAUUCCUUUGUCGAAGACAGUACGUUGGUGAUCGUGAUGGAGUACCACCCAGGCAUGACACUGCAGCAGUACCUCAUCUCUUACCGGAACAAAAGCUACGCACUGCAAUCCUGCGCGUUGAUGAACAACUUCUACACGACGACUUCCAAGGGUAGUUAUAGCACAGAGGACACGUCGGCGGUAGUAGAGCAGCGAGCCGAUAAUUCGAAUCUCGCAACCUUCACAUCGUCUAAAAGUGCAGAAGAGCAGAUGAACACCACCGCCAGCAGCAGUAGCCAGAUUGCAACCGGGACCGGCGACGUUGCUCAGUUGGAUCGCACCACCACUUCGGAUAACGACCAGAGCAGCACGGCCAGCAGCACGAAGAUCAUCAGCAUGCUUCCGGGCUGCCAGCGGUGGAAGAUCUUUUCCCAAGUGUGUCUGGCUUUGCGCUACUUGCACAACAAGGUGCGCAUCACGCACCGCGACCUGUCGCCCAACAAUUGCCUCAUAACUCCGCACACACUGGACUGUAAGCUGAUCGACUUCGGGUUAGCCAAGAUCAUGUCUACUUCAACAUCUACUUCCUCUGCAACCAGCAAAACUCCUGCUGCUGCGGCAGCGGGCCUCCCGCCACCUUUCGGGGCCGCAAGUGCUUUCGAGGACAACUACAACAUCAUGAGCCACAGCGUGGCCAGCUCCUGUGACAGUGAUAAUUCUUGGUUGCAGAGCCAGUCCAUGUGCGUGGGUUCUGUGCUGUACAAUGCUCCUGAAAUGGUGCGCGGGGAGAAGUACACGGAGAAGGUUGACAUCUGGGCCGCGGGAUGUCUGUUGUACAAGAUGGCCACGUUCGAAGACCCGUUUCAGGGCACGAACCCGCUCUCAGUCGCCCGGAAAAUCGUUGAGUUAGAUUACGUGCCUCUUCGCACUAGAUUCAGUUCUUCUCGUGGAAGUGAAGUUGUACUAACUGGAGCAAAUACAUCAUCAACUACAGAUGAUAAUAAAGGUCGUGCAGUUGGUACGGCAAGCUCAAGGACGUCGUCCACGUCAGCAGCAGCAGCAGCUUCCUCUCCGAGUAAAAUAAGAGCGAUAAAUAAAGCGGGCACCAUCGGGCUGCAAACAGAAGUAAUAGAUACGGAGCGACCUUCUCGUGGACCAGCACACCAACAGCUGCAACAGAAAAAACAUCACCCCGCGAUGAAUCGCUUAUACUCCACGAUGACAAGUGACGAAGACCGGGAGCUCCUGGUCGAGGUGACAGAAGCCUGCUUUGAGCGCGACGCGGAGAUGCGGCCUGAUAUCAACGGGCUCUGCCGGACCCUGAGCCCAGUUUUUUGUGCGCAGUUGGAAGAGUUGCACAACGCGUCCUGCACCUGACAGAGUAACUACAUCUGCUCCACGGGGACACUCGGAACAGCUUGUUCUGCAGCGACAAUUGAUGCACCUUCACGCUGAACAAGUCACCUGGUCCACACGAAGUUGUCACCGAGCACGACGAAUCAGUUGCAGCAAGAAAACGAAAACGAAAUCACAAGUCACGCAGGCGUAUGAUCUGCGCCAUCACAAAAAUGACAACAGGGAACUUCUCGUACGCUCAUUACUUUUUCAAUAACUUAAUCCUCCUUGAACACUAGGAUCUGCACUACUUCUCUUUGCUUAUGGUUCAUAGCGGAUCUCAUACAAAAAAAAAACUUAUUUCACUUUGACAUAAUCGUAUACGUCUUCUUGUAUUGCUGGUUUCGGUUUCGUUUCUAACAACGUCAGUUUCUUGUCAAGAUAGGCUGCCAGGUCGUCAAGGAAGUGCUGUCGUCGUUCUCAGAUUGAGUUACGAGAAAAUGCAAUAUGUUGUAUGAUUUAAGAAGCUCAAGAAACGCAGCUGCAUGCUGUUACGAAAAAAAUAUAACACGCGCCUACGGAUUAACACGAAAGGCAAUAAAA